GACUGUAUAAUAGCUUUGUAUUUUAAAAAUGUGAUAUUGCUAUACUCAAAUUUUAGCCUCGUCAUUCAAAAUUGAAACAAAAUGGCAGUACUCAAUGUCACUUUCUGUUUAGUGGGUUGAAUUUGUAAAUACGUAGUGGUAUUGUCGGAGUGAUUAAUAUAGAAAGUUAUCAAUUAACAAACAGUUCAGGCGAUUACACUUCGGUUUUCAAUGAUUACGUCAAUGUUAUUAACAUAAUAGUAGAAAAAAUUAAUAAAACAAAGGAAAAAAAAUGGCGAAACAGUCGUACAGUAUUGUUGAAUAUUAUGCUGAACAAGAGAAAUAUAGUUGUGGCUAUUGCAAAAGUCCUAAUACAAAUUUCAGUCAUGGUAUGGGAACACAUAUAUUGACUGUUCAAGAUUAUCAGAGUUUAAUAGAUAGAGGUUGGAGAAGAUGCGGUUCUUAUUGUUACAAGCCUACCAUGGAUCAAACAUGUUGCCCAAUGUAUACCAUCAGGUGUGAAGCAUUACAAUUUAAGAUUUCUAAGUCACAAAAGAAAGUCUUGAAAAGAAUGGCUAAGUUCUUAAGAAAUGAAUUGCAAAAAGAUGAUACUAUGGAUACUGGUGAAGAGGAUCACUGUGAUAAUAUAGAUAUUGGAGAAAUUCCUAAUCAUAGUAAACAUUUUCUAAAAGCGCAAGAAAGUGCUUCUGAUAUGAAUGUGAAAUUUGUAAAUGAUGAAGUGAAUGCAAGAUUACAACCUACUAUAUUGGACAAGGAAAAAAAAGCUUGCGAUUCGGAAACUCAACAGAAAGUUUCAGAAAGCAUACCUGUUACAUCGAGUCAUAAAAAUGAGUCCGAUGGAACAUCUCAAAGCUUAAAGUCUGUAGAAAUGAAUGCUGCUAGACCGCCGUGCAUGAAAGCGAAAGCUUUACGUAAACAACGCAAACAAAAUAAAUUAUUGGCGCAAGGAAAAACUCAAGAAGAAAUAGAUGCUAUGUUCAAAGAAAAUAAACAAGAAAACCAUACUAAAAGUUUAGAGAAAUUGUUUGAAGAAAUGUGUAAUGGAACUAAUAGACUGCAGCUGAAACUAGUUAGAGUUUCGCCAAAGAGCCCUGGAUACAUAGAAACAUCAAAACAGUCUUUUGAAACAUAUAAAAAAUAUCAAACAACAAUUCACGGGGUUCCAGCAGAAAAGGUUGUAGAGAAGCAAUAUAUGAGAAUUCUUGUGGAAUCACCUUUACAGUCAUGGACACCAGAGAAUGGACCACCCGGUGGAUAUGGCUCAUUUCACGAACAAUACUGGUUAGAUAAUGAAUUAAUUGCUGUUGGAGUGAUAGAUAUUUUACCUUCUUGUGUCUCAAGUGUUUACUUCUUUUAUGAUCCAGCAUACUCGUUCCUCUCUCUUGGAACAUUUAGUUCUCUUCGAGAGGUUUAUUUAACGAGACAAUUAAAUAAAGUUGCGCCAGAUUUAAAAUAUUAUUACAUGGGAUUUUAUAUACACUCUUGUCCCAAGAUGCGAUACAAAGCACGAAUGAGGCCGUCAAAAUUAUUGUGUCCUGAAACUUAUGGGUGGUUUGAUAUAGAACCUUGCCUACUGAAAUUAGAUAAGCAAAAAUAUUGCAGGUUGAACGAUGACAUUGAUGCUAUCGACGAAGAUGGUGUAGUCGAUGUUCGUAAGGUAUUAAUUUUGUAUCGUCGAGCUGCAAUGCCGUAUCAAAUAUAUAAAAGGCAAUCUCAACGUGUCAAACAAGAAGAAGAAAACGAAAUAAAAGAAUAUGCUAGUUUGGUUGGGAUGAAGUGCGCGCAAAGAUUGUUGCUUUAUCGCUGCUAGGCGGUAGGUCAGUGAAAGAUAUCAAUUUGUAUAUUUACUUUUACUUUUUUUCAAUAGAGAACAGUCGUUUAUUUUACGGAAAGACGAAGCACUGAAAAGUAUUGUUAUAAAAUGACAUUAACCAGUAAGUAAAAUUAAAAUUAAAAUUAGCAACUGCAAAUAAAGUAUUUGUGAUGAUAAAAUGUAUAGCGAAUUAAUAAAAUACUUUUCAAUUAACAAUGAAAA